UAGAAUGUGCCAUCUAGUAUCAUUACUCUUUCGUCUUCUCAAACAUCUAGAAUGUUCGCUGCACGUCUGUGGCUUAUUUUAGUCGUCGUUUGAAUCGAAUCCCAAUAUCACUGCCUCCACCUUUUGAUAUGUUUCAGACGCGGUGACGCUAAAAACCAGCUCUUAUCCUCGUGGUCGAUUGUUUAGGARUCUCGCAUAACUUGGAUUCGCGAUCAACCAACUAGCGUGACUCAGAUAUCUCACUCAAGUCCGUUAUAUUUACAUAUUUAACUUUUAAGAUAUUCGAUUGAUCCCGUCCAACCGUGAUUUGUUGCCAUGGUGGACUCGGUGCCUGCUAUGUUUGGAUUGUUGGUCAGCGGCAGACUGGUACGGACAGAUUUUGAACGUUUAGAAGAAACAAAAUUUAUGAUAACUAUUAACUCUGCCGAAUCCGUGAAUUACAUUUGCGUGUUUUUAACUGGACUUGUGCCAUUUCCUGAGGGAACAGCUGGUUCAGUGUAUUUCAGUUGGCCUGAUGAAAAUGCAAGACCAAAUUGGCAACUUUUAGGAAUUCUAUCCAAUAACAAGCCAUCUGCCAUAUUUAAGCUUUCAAAUCUUAAACAGCAUUUUGAUAUGACAAACCAACCAAUAAACGCAUUCAGUCAAUUCCCAUCAAUUUCUAUAAAUGCUCAAAUUGGUAUUUCUAUCGAACCUUUGAUAAAUACAGAAUUGCAAACAACUUGCACAGAAUCAACUCAAAAUGUAUCAACAUUUGUCGAGUUCACACAAAAAAUGGUACAAAAUUUAUACAAUUACGUAUCUAGUUAUGCAAUUGAUUGCGGUCCACAACAAACAUCUAUGGUACCACUUUUGUUAAUUCAGAAAUGGUAUGAAAAUUUUGAAAGAAAGUUAAAUUUAAAUCCAAAUUUUUGGAAAUCCUAGUACCUAGUUUUUAAUAUAAAGCUAAUUUUACUUGAUACUUGGUACUAUUGGACUUUUUGAUACUAAAACGAUAAAUUGACAUUGAAUAGCAUAUUAUAUAACUAUUUUACAAGAAAUACACAGACUGUCUAAAUUAUUGUUAAUGAUAGUCUUAAAGUUUAAGCUAUGUGCCUUAUAUUAAUGAUAAGACUUUGUUAAAUAAUAUAAAAAAUGUAUAAUGUUUAUGCUUUUAAAUACUUAGAUAUUUUUAAUGAAUGAUUUGUAUAG